ACGGAUUAAAAGCAGUGUCACAGUGAUCAAUAUCUCUUAUAAAUUAUCUUAUAUGUGUACGUCAGACGGAAUUAUGUGUGGCUUUGUUUAAUUUUGAACGGACGCAAUGGUGUAUCAAUUACAAUUGAUCUACUUAUGUGCACUGUCAAUCAGAUGGAUUGCAUUAAUGCUGAACAGUUUCCUUCUUGUGGAAAGCUGUACUCCGGGCCACUACAGUAUUUGUCCUGAUUGGGGCGGCUGUUCGGAAGACUGUGGUGGGGGGACUAGAUCACGGGUUUGUAGAUCGUGUGUCUGGAAAAUAAAUAGGCGUUUCAAUGAAAAUUGCAAUGAGUUCUGUCGAAAUGGGUACACAUAUUCUGGCGGGCGAUGUCAUUGUUCUAGCUGGAGAAGUGGGAGGUGUUGUGAAGAUUGCAGUAGAAAUUAUAUCGCCCAUUGUCCCAGUUACGAACAUCAUUGUGGAGGAUCCCCGGAUGGUAUCCGUUGUGACAAAUGUAGCGACCCGUAUUAUAGUUUGGGUUAUAACAGAGGUUGUACGGUAUGUCCAUCAAUCGCCGAGUGUAAAUACAGAAGCUGCACAUCAUCCUACAAUGUAUACUGCAAGGAGUGUAACGACAACAAUGUAUUCUUCAAGCGAUACAACGGCGACAAAGAAUGCCAGCGAAUGUGUUCCUGGAACAACCACUAUUGUUGGCCUGGAAGCUGCAGCACAGGUGGUCUCACAAAGGAUUGCACAUGCGCAACGGGGUUUAGAAAGAUUUCAACAACUGGAGAAACAUCAUGUCAACCAACUAAGGCACCAUCAAUUUCAACUUGUGACACCGUUGCUAUCGGUCCUAACGGCGAAAGGAAGAGAGCAAUGCCAUCGAUAUUUUCUACUGCGUGUCAGUAUCUACAAGAUAUGUAUGGCAAUUAUCAGCCAUCUGUAAUGCAAUUCGAUCUGAACACGGACUUCAAAAUAAAUAUUUCCAGCUCUUCGCGUCCUUCCUUUAUUGUUGAACAGAACUUUGGUAUCACGGACACAACAAUAUAUAUCAAACGGCAAUCUGUGUCAGGAGCAUUCGCUACUUUAUCAACAGAAAGGCAACUUGCUGACAUAGAUUCGAGUCAGUCCGUUAUUAGUGCGCAUCGAGAUUCAGGCAAUUUGACUGUUACUGCAAGUACCUACAAACUGACAAAUGGCGAGGCGUUAUGUUUAAAAUACGAAGCAAAAGGUGGUGGUUACUUAAAAGCCAAAGAUAUGAGAACCAAUACUGUUCUCGGCGCUAAGCCUUACCACAAAACUGUAGAACAACGAACAGUCUGUUAUCGGUAUGACAGUCAACCACCAGAGCACUGUUCAAAUCUAUCGACAUGUGGGUCUGAGCCUCUCCAGCUUGACAAACGGAUAACACGAUCAUCUUUUCACUACGUUGAAUUUAAAGGUUGGCUGGAUCCAGUUCCUCUAGGAGGAGCCUCGCGCACUGCUUCAUCGAUUGAGAGCUACGAAAUUCGGGUAAAUGAGGUAUUGCCAUCAAAGGGGACAUUAAAGGUAGAUUACACAAACAACGUUGUGAGUACAAAGGUUAACCACACACUCACAAAUAUGGAUCUAAAUCUUACUUCAGACACACCAAGGCUCUAUUGUUUGACACUUGAGGUGAAGGAUGUUGCAGAUAAUGUUCGACAGUCACGCCGUUUUGUUCUCUACGAUAACACUUCGUCCAUUCAAAUCACGAAUGAAAAGCCUUUCAGGUUUACAUCAGCGUCACAAGCUACAGAUUACACAUGGCAAACCCAUCACAACGAUGUCUGCAUAAGCUGGAAAGAUUACUUUUACAACGAUUUCUACAUACACAAUGAACUACUAAAUCCAAUUGAACCCGACCCGAACGGUUUCAUAACCGGCUCUUACGAGCAAUUAACUGGAGAAAUACCUAUCUCCGGGACAUCGAAUGUAUACGGUAUUAUUGCAUACUAUGUUUCGUGGAGCAAGACUCAUGGUCCAUUCUCUGGAGAAAACCCUGUUCCUACCUUCACGAAUCAAUCAUUUUGCAAGGAUUUGAAUGUUAAAGACGGAGAAACGUACACACUAAACAUAAAGGCUAUUGAUAUAGUUGGAAAUUCACUAAGCGAUAACCGAACUGUAUUUAUUGACCGCUCAGCGCCACAUCUGAACAAGAUUUGGCUUGAAAAAGAAGGAUACGAAAUGCUUUAUGUACAUAAUAGCACAGAUCUUUCAAAGAUGAAAAUGACGUUUGAUGCACUUGAUCCACACAGUGGCUUAUCUAAAAUAUAUUGGACAUUUGGAAUAGCCGACACGAUGACCGAGCUACUCAGUGAGCACCUUGCAGUUAGGACCAUAAAUGAUUCAUGCUCAUCCACACAGUGUUACUGUCCGGAUAUAGGUGACUGUGCAUUCUUCAACUACACAAUACCACUCAACCAUCUAAAUGUAAAGAAUAUGCACAUUGGCAAUCACAACAGAAACUACUAUUUUACCAUAAAUGUAAAAAACAUGGCUGGUCUUUCAACAACGGAACACAUUGAUGUGCUUGUUGAUGAUUCGCCUCCUUCAAAGGGUGUUGUUUAUGAAGGCCCAGAGGAUUCACCUGAUAUUGACUAUACAAGUGAUGAUUCAAUUCUCGUGCACUGGCAUGGUUUUAUAGACCACGAGAGCGGCAUCAAACUCUACAGGGUUGGUUUGUCCGACAGAUGUCUGAGUACACAAGAUCUGUACAACUUUAUAGAAGUACGAAGUAUAUUGAUUUUUAGAGAGCUACCUUUCUAUGAAGAGUCGGUCCGAAUCCCAACUACUUUUACCGGAAAGCGAUUUGUGACCGUCAUUGCACUAAAUAAUGCCAUGGAACCUUCGAAGCCGGCUUGUUCAGAUGGCCUUACGCGUGACCUUUCACCACCAGAAUUUAGAAAUAUGACGUUACAGUAUGGACAAUUAUCAGAAAGCCUACUUUGUUUGCACGGCGAAGUAUAUUUGUUACAGGCAAACAUGCAACGAGCAAAGCUUCUCAAUACUUCCGCUUGCCGUAGUACCUGUGGUGCUGAUGUUGAGUCGCACAAAGUUACCGAAAUCUAUCAGAUGCAUAACAUACAAGGAAAGGAUGAAGAUAUUUCUUCGUUUCUUUGCGAGCACUUGCCUUUGUACACAAACGAUACAAUUAUAUAUCUUCCCAAUGAUAACAUAUUUAUCACUUGGGAUAUUGAGGAAGGUGGAAGUCAAAUUGAUGAUUUCUUUGUUGGAUUAGGGUUUAAUCCUACUGAAAUUCAGAGUCCGUCCCUUGUAUCUUAUACGUCUACACGAAAGAAAACUUAUUUCAAACGAAGACAUGAAGGCCUAGGUUCUGACGAAGUAUUCUACAUUUUCGUGAAAGUAAUCAAUAAAGCUGGGUUGGAGAGAAUCUCGACAGUAGGUCCUGUACUCAUUGAUCAAACUCCGCCUUUGAAUGGAACCCUUCCUCAAGUUAUUCUUGAAUCUGAUCACAUUGUAUUUGGAUGGGAUAGCAGCACAUUCUAUGAUGAAGAGCAGACUGCACAAAUCGAUCAAAUAUAUUUCCAGAUUGCACACAACGGUAUUGCUGUAACACCGUAUCAGGAAUGGCGUCUAGACUCAUCUUCCCCGUGCCCUUCGUACUCUGGGGGAUGCUUUAGAUAUCCCCUACGCCGAUUACAGUUACAAGAUACGGACAAUAACCUCGAGUUUUAUAUUAACAUGCAUGUGUAUAACAAUGCCGGUCAUUAUCUAUCUGUAACGAGUCGACCCUUUCAGCUUUCAUCAAGAUACACUCCCCAACAAACUGUUAUAUCUGAUAUAGAUCCCUUAGCAAAUAACAGUAUAAUGGACGUUGACGCUCAUUUUACGAAGGAAGUGCUUUGUGCAAAAUGGAAAGAUUUCUCACACCACGAGAAUUUGACUUUAGAAGUAGGAGUAGGACUAUCAAAUGCUACUGAUGACGUGAUAAACUUUCAACUUAUAAGCAACAACAACUCGUAUUGCCUACACUCAAAUGCUAUCCGACCAAAUAUCAAAUACGUGUUCUUGUUAAAAUCAUCGGGCAGCGGAGGAGUUUCGGUUUCCUUUUCGGACGGCAUAAUGAUUUUAGACAAAAAUGAAAUAAUGCAUUCGCUGUCCGUCAGUAUUGGGUAUGAAUGCUCCAAUCAAAUAGCAAAUACAUACGAUGUUACUUUAGCAAACAACUCAGCGCGUGUGACAAUUAAAGGACCGCUGCAUGUUGGCCAACGUUAUACUAUCAACAUUCCAUACAAAGCUGUGGUAACUUCAGAUGAUGGAAUAGUCUCAGCAGAGGGCAAUGACACUUUCAUUAGACCAUUUGUUAACAGACCGGCAUUGGUUUUUAAACUUGAACAUCCAACCAUCGUGCAUGACGUUUUGAGUUUUAAUCUCACUUUAUGCCCAGUGCAGAACGUUCUUCCUCAGGCUAAACGACUUGUCGUAAGCUGGAAGUUUCUUGAUGAGCGCCUGGCAUUUCUUUAUAAAAGCGUUAAUCUAGCAUACAGUGUUGGCGUCAGCGAAAACAAUUCAAUCAAAGGACAGAAAAAUACGUUUGUGGUACCUUUCAAACCGCAAAUCGAGAGCAAUCAUGCAAUCUUAGAAGAGCUUAACUUCCUUACGAACCAGAAGUACAUUGCUGAAGUACAGGUCUGUUCAAAAAUGGAAUGCGUAAAACCUGUACAAUCUAAUGAGUUCUCUUAUGAAAGACCUAAUCCAGUUUUGCGAAUAACCGAAGCAUCUCUUUUGCUUAGAGACACGUGUGUUCGAGUCAAAUUACAAUGGUCAAUUCUGGACAAGGAUAUUGUUAUGGCUUUCUAUCAAUGGACGUUAGCUCAGGACAAAGAGGGUCGAAAAACUCUUCUCACGUGGAAAUCUAUUACCAACAACUCGAUUGAUAUUACGGUUGAAGACUGUGUGGUACUGCCCGUCCAUGGACAUUUUUCUUCAUAUGCUUGUAUUAAAGCAUAUUCAAUCAGCGGACAACUAAUUAAUAGUUGCAAAAGGCUAACAAAGUUAGACUUUGGAAGUUACGAUGCAAAUGUUGUGUACGACUUUGAUACAAGAUCGGAAUAUUGGACGCAAAUCCAAUCGAUUAUUCACAGUUCGGAUAUUGGCGACAUGUAUAAUUUCCUACAUGACAAUGAGCUUGACUUUGGAACGAGUAAGUUAAGGCCAGCCGCAGCAGUUAUGCAUGCGAAUGAACGUAACGUUUCUUGGUAUUUGAUGAUAUCACGCCAUGUACCCGAUGAUUGCGACACAGAUGUUGCUUGUUUAACAAAAAAGUUCACAUCGGAUGGUUUUGCUAUUUUCGAUGAAACCGAUGUGUUUUUUGACACUUCAUUCUACAUAUGUGUUUCGUCGAACCCGACAGUAGUUGAAAGGGAAUGGUUUUCUGAAACACUGGACGAAAUUCGGUCUUGCAGUGAUGGAUUUAUUUUAGGCAACACGGCUCCCAUCCCUGGGAAAAUAAUUGUUCAAAACGUCAAUGGGUAUAUAACUGACAUCGAUCAUGUUGUUAUUACAUGGGAUCCUUUUCAUGAAAAAACAGGCGCUACUCUUCUAGGAUAUCCAGAAGACAUACAACAUUACUCGAUCGGCGUUGGCAACAGCCCUAACAGAGACGAUAUUAUACCUUUUCGUAACGCAGGAGGUGAAAUUGCUGCAAUGUUACCUCUAGAUGGCAUCGCUGAUGGCACCUCUGUUUAUUUUACUGUCAACGGAUCGGACCAUUUCGGACUUUCGUCAGUUGCUGUUUCCACAGAGUUUGUUACGGAUACAUCACCACCAACGGAGGGAAAAAUUCACUUUGACCAACGACAUGCAUAUUGUAACAGUGACACAAUAAGUAUGCGUCUUGUUGGGUUUCAUGACGAUCACAGCGGUAUUAGUUAUUACAACGUCGGAAUCGGAUCAAGCAGCAUCAUGGUGGAUACAUUAUCUAUGACAAAGUAUUAUACAGAUACUUUGGACAUUGAUAUCCAGGAAUUAAAUAUCCUAGAAGGCCAUGAAUACUUUAUUUUGGUGCAGGCGAUAAACAAUGCAGGUAUUCCGAGUGCAAUCGUGUCAAAACAAUUUAUCGUGGAUAUGACACCGCCCCAUGGAGGACACGUUUUGGAUGGAAACUGGGAAAGCAAGGUUGACCUUGACUAUCAAGCCGAUACAUACACGAUCCGUGCAAACUGGAAGGAUUUCUCAGACAUAGAAAGCGACAUAGAUUAUUUCAAAGUAGGGCUUGGAACAUACCAAUACUCUACAGACGUUCGACCAUUUAUGGAUGUUGGGUUGAAACAAGACAUAAUGUGGAAUGGUCCGUUUAUCCCUGGAGAGAAAUAUUAUACGACAGUACAAAGCUGUAAUAAAGCUGGCCUUUGUAUACAAAGAUCGUCAGAUGGAAUUAUUCUAGACAAUUCGCCACCAAUCAUGGGUCGUGUACAAGUCGGAUCUGGUGUCCGACACAGCCGAUAUUUACCAUUAAAUACGUCACUGAGAUUACAGUGGGCUGGAUUUGAGGACCCUCAGUCAGAUAUUGAUCAUUUUGAAGUGUGUUUAGGACGUCAGAAAAACAUGUGUGACAUUGUUCCUGCAUUCAAUGCCCUUCUUCAGUCUUAUAUGAUAAAGUCGAAUAUAUCUCUGCCAAUAAAUAUGCCCUGUUUUGCAACUGUUUGGGCCUUCAAUGGAGUCGGAAUGAAUGUUUCAAGUGCAUCUGAUGCGAUUCUCGUUGACGUUACAGCUCCUUACAACACAAUAAAGCCGUCAAUAAAGCUUGAUUAUAACACAAUAAAGGACAACAUAGCUCAAUGGGAAAAGUCGAUUAUAAGUGUGUUUUGGGAAUUUUUAGACGACGAAAGCCCGAUUCUAAAUCACGAGUUAACGCUCUUUACCCAUCAUGAAGGACAUACGCCAAUUGAAAGAGUACGUCUCGGAUCGGAAAAACACUUCACUAUUAACUUAGAUGGUAAUAACUGGCUGCAUAAUGGUGACACAUAUUUUGUUGUUAUAACAAGCUGCAACGCAGCAGGGCUAUGCUCAACAGACAGAACAAAUGAUAUUCUUAUCGACUCUACUCCCCCACACCAGGGUGGUCUGAAACCACAAAUGUUUUGGGAAAAUUAUAAAGAUACCAGUGGUCUCCAUUCCAAUGUCUCCUUGACUUGGUAUGGUUUUUACGAUCAUGAAUCUGGUGUAGAUAGAUAUUACGUUACUGUUUCAAGAUAUUUCAGCCAGCAGGAAUUGUCGGGUGGAGUCCUCUUCCAAAACCAUGAUAACACAUCAGAAGAACAACAUGGCAAUUUCACACUUCAAGAAGCGUUACACCCUGAUGAUCUUAUUAUUGUUUCUGUCUGGACUGCAAACAGUGUAGGAUUAAACAGCUCGGUUGCACGUGUAUCCCUUUUUUCAUUGUCCAGUAGGGCAUCUUCCGUUGCUAUUGAAAACCAACGGGGAAUACUUGAAAUAGAGAAACACUCCUGUGUCGUUCAUUUUUGCAACAAAGACUGCACAUGCGCUGUAGUUGGGAAACCAUGUCUUAAAGCUGAGACAAAUAUGUCAUGCGUCGAGAUCGUUUCAUUUAACAACACUGAUAGCGACUUGACACAAUUUGCAGUUUUUGGAGGCCUUCAGUUCAAUCCGUUGACUUUAACGGCAUCAUCUGCUUGUAUCGCGGGCCACUGGAUCCAGAUUGAACAUUUUAGAAAGGAUCCAAACAUUCAUAGAUUUGAGUGGAGUGUUGGAAUUCAUAAUCAGCCAUAUGGAGAAGGAAUAUUCGAUUGACAAAGCGAAUUCCCAUGGGUUGAUAUAGGUUUGCGACAAGAAUUUGUUCACUGCUUGGCUAUCAAUAGAUCUCUUAUUCAUGGCGAGCUCUACGACAUAUACGUUAAAACUUGGUAUGGACCAAAUAAAUUCGCAAUAUUUACGUCGGAAUCUAUUAAAAUUGAUCAAACUCCCCCCACUGUGCGUAGAGGACGAUAUAUUAUCGAAGGCAUGGAAGAUUGUGCAACAGAUCUUGACUUCAUAGACUGGACUGACGAGAUUUCGGCGUGUUGGUCCGGUGUCUUUAGUGAGCAACAGAGCGAUAUACAACAUUACUCGGUUGCCUUAGGAACUUCACCUAACGUCGAUGACGUAUUUGCAUCACAAAAUAUGGGAUUGAACACAAAUAUUUCUAUCGGUAAUCUGACUUUGGAGCACGCUGUUAGAUACUUUUUUACUGUCACUGCCGUGAAUACCGCAGGGCUUCACACUUCGGUUUUGUCGGACGGAUUCAUAGUCGAUACGACCCCACCGUCAGAGGGCGUUGUUUUUAAUACAAUAAUACAUAAGAACGUUGCAUACCAAUCAUCCGUCACAUCUCUAGGAAUCUCGUGGCACGGGUUUCAGGACCAUUGUUCAGGAAUAAAAAGUUACUUUGUUGCUGUUGUGGAAAAACAGCCUCCUGAUUCUGAUACCAAUUUCACACAAGUUGGUCUCAGGACGACCUUUACGUUCAAGGAUGUAGACUUGAUUCCUGGCAGCGUUUAUUACGGUGUGGUCAAGGCCAUUGAUGCCGCGGGGCAUGAAAGUGAUCUUAUUGUUUCACCGGGUGUCAUCAUCGAUCCUUCUCCACCCAAAGGCUACGAUUGUAACAUAUUUGAAAACACGGGUGUUAUUGUAUUGUUAGACAAUUCGCAGGAUAAUUGGACGAAGACAAUUGUUGCACAGUUAGAAAAAGAUGCAGUGUACAGAAUUGAAGGGUCUAUUGAAAAUACUGAUGUAGAAUGUGCGUCUAUUAUUGAAAACAAGUCAAAAGCUCUUCAUGUUCGGCAAAUAAGACAUGAUUCUGUAGCUGUUACUGCUAUGAUUGACGAUAAAGAAAGCGAUCUUAAAAUGGUACAAAUUGGUGCUGGUACCACGCCUGGGGGGUUUCAAAUUCAGCCAUUAACUGCCAUGCAUGCUGAUAUAAUGAUUGGGAUUAUAAAGGGCCACCUUUUGCAUGCAAUGAAAGUAUAUACGACGGUUAUUGCUGAGAAUCAUGCAGGCCUGACAUCUGUUUUCCAGUCAACAGAACCAAUUAUUAUUGACCAUACUUCUCCGCUUAUCACCGAUCUUGAGGCUUCAGCAACGGUAGUCUUUGUAAAUAAUUCGGGUGAGAUCGCUUCGAGAGUGCAGGUUAAUGCAACAUGGAAUGUGCUAGACGAUGAGAGCAAUAUUAAACAUUGUAUUUGUUCUAUUGGAAUGCUUCCAUACAAAGACAAUAUACAAGACCAAUGGUAUGCAGAUACUCUGUCAUCGUGUGAGUCGAACCUCCUGCAGCUUAAACACGGCGAUAAGGUGUGGGUCAAUAUCAACUGUGUCAAUAAUGUUGAACUAGCAACGACUAAAACAGUAGCUUCCAAUACCGUAUCCAUGGAUUUUAUUUCUUCAAACCAAGCGACAGUUAACAUUCUACCGGUUAACGAAGGUCUGAUCAGCACAAUACCGAUUUCUGUAGGCCAAACUAAGAUACAAUCAAACACAUCAUUUGUGCAGAUCAGUUGGUCAGAAUUCGAAGAUACCUCCGGCAUUACCUUUUAUGAAUAUUGCAUAUCAGACGACAGAAAUACUACCAUUGUAGAGUGGACAAAUGUUCACUUAAAGACGGUGGCAACUGCUCGCGGUUUAACAUUACACAAUACAGAAACAUUGAAAGUACAUGUCAGGGCUACAAACACCGGACAGCAUACAAGUGAGGCCGUUUAUGCCUCCUUAUUUACCAUCAGCCAACCUCCAGCCUUGUCAGGAAUUCCAAUGCUUGCAUCUCGAAACGAACAUAUUAUUCAUAUCGACUGGGAACAAGCAUUCGAUACACUUCCGAAAAUUCCAGUUGUGUAUAGCCUUGUUGUGGGAUCAAAAGACGGAUUCACCGACAUUCUUGACCUCAGCUAUUACACCGGGAAUACAUAUGACAUUGUGGCUCCGUCGUCUACGAUAAUUUCUCCGAAGAUAUCAGAGUUGUUCUUUUCAAUAACAUGUACUUAUCCAACAGGGAUUUCUAGCGUUUACAGGACAAUAUUCACAAUGUAAUCCUUUACUUGGUAAUGGCAAUGCGUAAUCGUUGCAAAGCUUGGGUGUUUUUAUAUUGCAUUAUUUAGCUUUAAUAUAUUCAUAGA